CAAAGAUGAAGCUCGUCAGGUUUUUGAUGAAAUUGAACAACGAAACCGUGUCGAUCGAGCUCAAAAACGGAACCGUGGUCCAUGGAACCAUCACUGGUGUUGAUGUGAGCAUGAACACUCACUUGAAGACAGUUAAAAUGAGUCUCAAGGGGAAGAACCCAGUAACAAUGGAUCAUCUAAGCUUGAGGGGUAACAAUAUCCGCUACUACAUUCUUCCUGAUAGCUUGAAUCUGGAGACUUUACUUGUUGAAGACACUCCUCGUCUUAAACCUAAGAAGCCUGUUGCUGGUAAGCCUGUUGGACGCGGCCGUGGACGUGGUCGUGGCCGUGGUGGUGCUGGUGGUGCUCGUGGCAGAGGUCGUUAAUUGCAACACUGGGGAAAGUUUUAAGUUCUGUUAGGAAAGAGGAACCCUUUUUGUGUCUGAAUGUGUGGGAAAAUGUAUUGAACUAUGUAGCUAGCAAUGAGAACAUCUGAUUAGGAAAAUGUUAUAAUUAACGCUUGUAAUGCAAUUCCAUGGAUACAGAUUUAGCUUUUUUUUCAUGUUAUGAGAACAUGUACAAGUAUUAACAUUUACAUGUUUUUGAAGCCCAAGUGGCUUUUUAUUCAUUUGACAAAUCUUACUCAACUAUGUUAUCUCUUCCUUUAGUCUUUCUCACAUGAUCCUGCAAUUAGGCUCGUGAUUGUAGACGGGUUCCUCGGUGUAUCCCCUUCCGUUAUAACCGUAGGGAUCACACGGGUGUGGAGAGGAAGAGGGCACACCAUAUGUAUAAUAAUGCCAUGGUUGAUAACAUGGCUCUGGCUUUUUCUCCUCGGGUUUCUUGGGUGGUUCUACUUUGUUUACGCUUACAAGCUCCGCAAAGCCAACCUUCUUUCUCAGUGUGUUGGUUAGACAGAUCAUGUCGACUUCAACACCUGUCACUUCAAUCUGGUUCAUGUGAUCUCCC